UGUCACGGUCUCGCAGUGCGACGUUGCUCUCCUCGAGCGGCGCGCACGUACUUCAGCGCGUCCGAAUUCGCGCACGUCACUUCACGUCGCUUCGCGCGGGCCCAGCUUGCGGCAACGUUCGCGCCGCUCGGAUCGCCGUGUGCUCCCUGAACGACCGACUACUCGCGCGGUGGUGCGACAAAGAGAAAGAGAGAGAGAGAGAGAGAGUGCAUUCGCCGGCAAGGUAGGGAGAGAGGGAGGGAUUGCCCGAUCUCGCACAGUCGCGAAUCUCGUUUCGUCUUCCUCGGGAGGACCACGUGGUCCGUGGCCCCCGUCCUGAGUGACAGUGGCUGUCCGACAGUGGAUGCGCGAGAGUCGGCGUGUCCGUCGAGAGAGAGAGAGAGAGAGAGAGAGAGAGUUGCCUUCCCCCCGCAGAUUUGUUGAUUCUCGUUGCGACGCGUCUACGGAUCGGCUUCGGGGAAACAAACGGACGGGGCGAAUGAUCGAGCGUGCCUCUUCCACGGUACCGGUGCACUCUUCACCGAGCCGUCGCGGCGCCAAGAUAAACGGAAUGGACAAAAUGGCCCGUUGCGGCAACGAAGAAUCUUCUCUGCAGUCCCCGCAACCGGUGCACCCGGGUCAGUCAACUCACGCUGCCGCGAUCAUCACCUUGACGCCUACCGAGACGCCGAUCCUGGCAACGUGUGCCGUCACGGCGACUGACAAGGUCACUGCCACUACUACCAGUUCUACCCACGUGCCAGGUGCCAGAUCACCUGAUAGCCCUACUACCACCUCGCCGCCGUCUCCGUUGGACUCCCGUAUACCGAGGCCAUCGCCGUCGGCUCUGCGUCGCGCCGAGAGCUUGCGCUUGCGCGGCGAACGUCUACCACCACAUCAUCCGCGAGCCACCACCGCCGUCGCAGCCAGCACGGCCCUGGUCGGCCGCCAACACCAUCCCCGUCGUCACAACCACCUUCUGCCGUCGCCGCAGCUGCAUCAACAUCCGGACCAUCGUAUCUUCCCGGUCAUCACGGAGAAUGGAACCGACUCGCCGCGACAACGAUCCUUCAGUCUCUCACUGACACCGGUGAGGCCGCGGCCAGGUCACGCGGCCUCUGGGGGACCGACGACAGCGGGAAUCAACGACGACAGCGAUGUCGAGAGCGUGAAGAGUUACAGCAGCGCUUGCAGCACAGCGAGCGCCUGCGAGCAUGCGUCCUUCGCAUUGAACGGCACCACCUGGUCUGGUCGGUCGCGAAAAUAUGUCGUGCACUGCUCAAAUUAUGCCGGCGACAACGAACAGUACCUGACGCCUACUCAGAGAGCGGCUAAACAAGUCCGGAAGUUUCAGGCUUUGUUGAAGGAAGCGCGCAAGGAGAUAGAUGAGAAGGACCGGGAGAUCUUGCGUUUGACGAAAGAGGUUGUAGAGUUGAGGUUGUACAAGGCCUCUCUGAACAGUCCGGAUGAGCGAACGGAUAGCAGCGACGCUCUCACCGUGCGCGAGAACAAUCCCUUCUCGCCAGAGUCGCCGAGCAAGGAUCUUCCUGAUGAAGUCGCCGCGGAGAAAUCCAUCGCCAGCCCGGAAACGCCGGAAAAGCGCACGCAUACGGAUCUCCCCUCGUCAUUAGCUGAUUCCGGACACUUCGAAGAUGGUUCCGUCCAUUCGAAAGACUCCGUGUGCCUGCCUGAGUCGCAGCCGGAGAUUACUGUCAGCGCGACAACGUGCGCUAAUACCGUAUCCGACGAUGUUGUUUCUGACACAAAUCCUGUGACGCCGACGAGUGCAGAACGAGAUGAAGAGAGACGUCGAUUAGUUAGUCAUUACGAAGGUAGAAUCGAGGAUAUGCAUAGGCGGCAUGUUGAUGAACUGCAGCAACUGAAACAGAAGCACAACGACAAGGUGGAGAGCUUGUUGAAUCAAUUGUCUGAAGUAAACACUCGUUACUGCGAGAUGCGGCCGGCUAUGGAUAUCGCCGAGACUCGCGCGCGUGAAUUAGAAGUGGAAUUAGAGGCUGUGAAGACUGAGCUUAAUGAGCAGAAGACGCUUUUAAAUGAGCAGGAGGAAAGAAAUAAGCAAAUGUACCUGAAAAUGUAUGCCAAAGGUCAAGAAGCCGCGCGCAUUGAACAAGCCGAUCAAAUAUUCGUGCAAGCACAUCAAUCACCAUCUAAAGUCACCGUUGCAGAAUUGCUUCAACAGCUAACUGUUACACAAGCUGAGUUAGAGAAUAUUAAGGACACAAGCUACUCGCCUGAACCUCACAUUUCAGCCGAACGUAGCCAAAGUUUAUUAAGCGCUCAGGAGGCUGUUUCUCUCUGGGUCCUUGGCACACGUAAGGCAAUGUAUAGGCGUAUUGUAGAGGCGAGAAGCAGCCAGGGUACUCUCGACCCAGAAAUUACCCUGCAGUUCCUUAAGUCGGCGAUCUACUAUUUCCUAACUGAUAAGGAGAAUCAUCACGGUCACUUAAAUGCUAUUGAAAGUAUCUUAGGCUUCACGGACGCAGAGAGGCACAACAUCGAUAGGUACUAUCGAACGGCAAGAAAAUAAUAUUUUCUAAAAAUUUUCAAUAUAAAAAGUUAUAUCAUUAUUGACGACUGGUAUUAUAUUAUCCGACUUAAUACUUCAAAGUAUGUUUAGUUCUUUGGUUUCUUUUAAAGACAUACGUUUUAAUGUGUUGAAAAAAUUAUUUUGAAUAGUUUUAAAUUGUUGGAUGUCUGAAAUAUAUAUUAUAAAAGCGACUUGCUUGUCUCAUAAAAAUUGCUAGCUAACCCAUAAAAAUAUAUGGCACGUAAUUUGUAAAUAGCUAGCAAUUUUAUGAGAUUGCUUUUACUUGUACAUUUGAAGUUCUGGGAUUUAUCAGCAUAAAUUAUAUACAUAUAGUUACGACUAAAUUUGUUUUUGACUAUAUGUAUGUAAUAUCAGUGCUCUGCGAUGGCCAUGUAUUACAAAUUAAUAUCAUGCGUAUCGCACGACUUGUAUGCUCUAAAUUAGUAGAUACAUAUUCUAGUUACAUUUCGUAAAAAGAUAUAUUACCUAGUUAUUGCAAAUCAUAUUUCGCUCCUUUGAUGAUUAUUAAACGUGCAUUGCAUUAUAAAUAAAAUAUCCCAAAAUUGAGCAAGAAAUAUAUAUAUGACAAAUUGUGCUAGAAGAAUUCUAAAUUGAGAAUUUAUCUAUACGUAAUUAUUUGAAAUGCAUGCCCAUCCUUAUACAAAUAAAAGUUGAAUAUAUAUCUUUCUCGUUAUCACGCGGAGUUUUCCGAAAAUAGACAAGUUUAUUUAUA